UCUAAAAUGUCAACACCAGUUAAGAAAGGCCAAAAUGAAUUUGUUGAAUUUGCAGAACCUAUUAACAACCAAAAUUUAAAUAGUAAAAGAAUUAAAGAUAUUGAAUGGAUGGAAAAACGUUUGCCAAGUGAUUCUGCUUAUUUCGAUAAUCAGAGAAGAGGUGGAGGAGGUCCUUUCCAUUUCUUUAACGCUUCUGGAAAUAUUUUGUUUAUUGCUUAUUUAACAAUUUGCUGUGUUGGUGUUGUUGCUGGGGUUGUUGGGGGUGUUUACUACUACAAUCAUGUUCGGUCCUCAAAUGUUGAUGACCCUUUUAACGAGUUUACUCGUUAUUCGCCCUCCGGACCUGGCAAGGACAAAUUUAGUAAGAGAGGAGGAGGAGGAGCACAAGCAUUUGGACAAACUGUUGGAGAUGAUACUUUAGCUUAUAAAGCCCAACUUCAACAAUAUCAACAACAAAAACAAAAAAUUCUGGGAGCCGGUCAAACAAUUAGUAAUGACCAAAUGAGUGACAAUGAAGAAGAAAAUGAUGAACUUGAACAUAAUUUUAGUGUUUUUGAAUGUCCUGGAUUGGCACCUACUGGAGAUGUUGAAAUUCAAAAUCCAAAUUUUGUUGGAGAAAACGGGGAAAACAAUACAACAACAAAAAACAUUGAAAAUUUAAAAAAGGAUGAGAGAAAUGAUUGA